AUGAAUAUAGUUUGGCUCUUGGUGUUGAUGGUUUUCUAUAAUGGGGUUGCCUCAAAUGGGGGUAGCACGAAUGUCUCUACAAGACCAGAAUUUGUAAAUGUUGGGGCUGUUUUCUCUUUCAAUUCCAUUGUUGGCAAAGUUGCUAAAGUGGCAAUAGAAGCUGCCAUUGAAGAUGUGAAUUCUGAUCCAGCUGUUCUUGGUGGAACUAAGAUGAUAGUUCAAAUGCAAGACUCAAAUUACAGUGGAUUUCUGGGCAUCGUUGAAGCCUUACGGUUCAUGGAGAAAGACACAGUGGCCAUAAUUGGACCUCAGAAUGCUGUCACAGCUCAUAUAAUAUCUCAUAUUACAAAUGAGCUCCAAGUUCCUCUAUUAUCAUUUUCAGUAACGGACCCCACCCUGUCUUCACUUCAGUUCCCAUUCUUUGUUAGAACCACCCAGAAUGAUCUGCAUCAAAUGGCUGCAGUAGCCGCAAUGAUUGACCACUACGAAUGGAAAGAGGUAAUUGCACUCUAUGUUGAUGAUGACUAUGGGAGAAAUGGGAUUGCUGCAUUAGGGGAUAUGCUUGCUGAGAGACGUUGUAAGAUCUCAUACAAAGCACCUUUGGUCCUUGAUCCUAACCAGAGUAACAUCACUGAUUUACUGGUUAAAGUGGCUUUGACAGAGUCUCGGAUUAUUGUUCUUCACGCUUAUGCUGGUUGGGGUCCUCAGGUGUUUACUGUGGCCAAGUAUCUUGGCAUGAUGGGAACUGGCUAUGUCUGGAUAGCUACUCACUGGCUAACUACUCAAAUAGAUACCAACUCUCCUCUCCCAUCAAGUAUGAUGGAUGAUAUGCAAGGAGUUCUAACAUUGCGCAUGUACACACCAGAGACAGAACUGAAAAGAAAAUUUGUUUCUAGGUGGAGCAACUUGACUAGUGGACAGACAUCUAAAGGCAAAAUUGGGUUGAAUGCUUAUGGUCUUUAUGCCUACGACACUGUGUGGUUGCUUGCUCAUGCAAUUAAUGCCUUUUUUGAUCAAGGAGGAAACAUUUCAUUUUCAAAUGAUUCAAGGUUGACUCAGCUGCGCAGAGGGGAUCUGAAUCUUGAUGCCAUGAGUAUCUUUAAUGGAGGGAAUCUGUUAUUGCGUAACAUUUUACAGGUUAAUAUGACUGGCAUAACUGGCCCUGUUAAGUUCACUCCGGAUAGGAACCUCAUUCAUCCAGUAUUUGAAAUCAUAAAUGUGAUUGGCACAGGGAUUAGGAAGAUUGGUUACUGGUCCAAUUAUUCGGGUUUAUCAGUUGUGCCUCCAGAAUACACAAAGCCACCAAACCGUUCUAGUUCAAAUCAAAGCCUGUAUGGCGUAAUUUGGCCUGGACAAACAACACAGAAGCCUCGUGGUUGGGUAUUUCCAAACAAUGGAAGGCACUUGAAGAUUGGAGUCCCAAAACAUGUUAGUUUUCGUGAAUUUGUUUCAUACGCAGAAGGCAAUGACAUGUUCACUGGGUACUGCAUUGAUGUUUUUACUGCUGCAUUGAACAUGUUGCCCUAUGCUGUUCCAUACAAGUUGAUUCCUUUUGGUGAUGGCAUUAAGAACCCAAGAAGCACUGAACUUGUGCACAAAAUCCAAACAGGUGAAUUUGAUGGAGCAAUAGGUGACAUUGCAAUCAUCACCAACCGAACAAGGAUGGCAGAUUUUACACAGCCAUUUAUUGAAUCUGGGCUAGUAGUUGUUGCACCUGUUAGGACAACGUUGAAUUCUAAUCCUUGGGCUUUUCUGAGGCCAUUCAAUCCAAUGAUGUGGGGCAUCACGGCUGCCUUCUUUCUCAUUGUUGGAACAGUUGUUUGGAUUUUAGAGCAUAGGUUGAACGAUGAUUUUCGGGGGCCUCCUAAAAAACAAAUUGUCACUAUUCUGUGGUUUAGCUUUUCAACUUGGUUCUUUGCCCAUAAAGAAAAUACAGUCAGCACCCUGGGUCGCUUAGUACUAAUUAUAUGGCUGUUUGUCGUUCUUAUAAUCAAUUCAAGCUACACUGCAAGUUUGACCUCAAUCCUUACAGUGCAACAGCUUUCUUCCUCCGUCAAAGGCCUUGAUACUUUGCUUGCAAGCAAUGACCCCAUUGGCUACCAGCAAGGUUCAUUUUCCAGGGGUUAUCUAACUGACGAACUCAACGUUGAUGAGUCCAGACUCGUUCCCCUUAUCAUGCCAGACGAUUAUGCUAAAGCCUUGAAAGACGGUCCCCAAAGAGGUGGUGUUGCUGCAGUGAUUGAUGAGCGUGCAUACAUUGAGCUAUUCCUCUCAAGCAGAUGUGAUUUCAGUAUUGUAGGUCAAGAAUUCACCAAAACCGGUUGGGGAUUUGCUUUUGCAAGGGACUCACCUUUAUCAGUGGACAUGUCUACUGCUAUUUUGAAGCUGUCAGAGAAUGGGGAUCUACAAAGGAUCCAUGAUAAAUGGCUUAUAAGCAGUGGUUGUGCCUCACAAGGCGCAAAGCUACAAGUUGACAGGCUUCAACUUAAAAGCUUCUGGGGCCUCUUUGUUCUUUGUGGUUCAGCUUGUUUUCUUGCUCUGAUUAUAUAUUUCAUCAAUAUGCUGCGCCAGUUCAGCAAGCACUACACUGAGGAAGUGAUUUCUGCCGGCAGCUCGAUGUCUGCACGUCUUCAAACCUUUAUUUCAUUUGUUGAUGAGAAGGAAGAGGAAGUAAAAAGUCGAUCCAAAAGACGGCAAAUGGAAAGGAUGUCAAAUAGAAGUGCAAGUGAAGAUGAAUCAAUGUACAAUUCCAAAAGAAGACAUAUUGAUCAAUCAUCUUGA